CAGCAUUUUAAACUUGUCCUGUGACUGUUGUCAAAAGGCAGAACGGGCAACGCUGCAGCCACCGAGGGAGAGAGCAGCGACUCAUUUUAUGUCCACCUCGGGUUAUUUUUUUAAAUUUCGACAUCCGCAUGCAGGGAAUUUUAUAUUAUUCAACCAAAUGUUAAGAUAACGUUCGCGUCCAGAGGUUGUUAACGUUAGUUUUGAUUUAAAUUCAGACGUGUAUGGGACUAGUCUCUGAGGCUUGAGUAACGUCGGUUGAGGUAGGUAGGGUGAACAAUAGUUUGACCCUUUUGAAGCUGUUAUCCACAACUCAACCACUGAGGAACCUUUUUACGCGUUUUUUUUUUUCCUUUUUAAAAACACGCCGAACAGCACUUAGUCCAAAAUGAGUGCUGGCAUUGCAAAACCGGCGAACCCGCCAGCACACGUCGACCCGAAGUCGGCCCCUCUCAAGGAGAUCCCGGACAUUUUGGUUGACCCCCGCACCAUGAGAAAGUACACGCGGGGCAGAUUCCUCGGGAAAGGUGGCUUCGCGAAAUGCUACGAAAUCACGGACGUGGAAACCAAGCAGGUCUUCGCAGGCAAAAUCGUGCCCAAGUCCCUGAUCCUGAAGCAGCACCAGCGGGAGAAGAUGACCUCGGAGAUCGCCAUUCACAAAAGUCUCCACCACGCCAACAUCGUGGGCUUCCACGGCUUCUUCGAGGACGACGACUUUGUGUUUGUCGUCCUGGAAAUCUGCAGGAGAAGGUCUCUGCUGGAGCUGCACAAGCGCCGUAAGGCUGUCACCGAGCCCGAGGCUCGCUACUACAUGAGCCAUUUGCUCAAGGGUGUCCACUACCUGCACAACAACAAAGUCAUCCACAGAGACCUGAAGCUGGGCAACAUCUUCCUCAACGACGACAUGGAAGUCAAGAUAGGGGACUUUGGUUUGGCCACUAAGAUCGAGUUUGACGGCGAGCGGAAGAAGACCCUGUGCGGUACGCCCAACUACAUUGCUCCUGAAGUGCUUUGUAAGAAAGGCCACAGCUACGAAGUGGACGUCUGGUCCCUUGGGUGCAUACUGUACACGCUGCUGGUGGGUAAACCUCCCUUCGAGACCUCCUGUCUGAAGGACACCUAUAACCGCAUCAAGAAAAACAGCUACACCAUCCCCUGGAACAUCAGCCCCGUUGCGUCCUCUCUCAUCAAGAGGAUGCUGUCCCCCGACCCUUCCCAGAGGCCGACUAUUGCUGACCUGCAAGUGGAUGAGUUUUUCACGUCCGGCUACAUCCCCAUACGUCUGCCCACGACCUGCCUCACUGUGCCGCCGCGUUUCUCCAUCGCCCCCUCGACCGCUACUGAGCUCAGCCAGAGACGCCCCCUGACUGCUAUAAACAACAAGGCUGGAACGGAGAGGGUGGAUGUGAAGGACGAGCCCGGGCAAAGGGAGCCUGAACCAUCAGAGUGCCACCUGAAAGACCUGCUCCAGCAGCUCAACAGUAUCAUUGCAGCCAAACCCUCAGAGAAGGCCGUCAUCCGCCAAGAAGAAGCAGAGGAUCCUGCAUGUAUCCCCAUCUUCUGGAUCAGCAAAUGGGUGGACUACUCUGAUAAAUAUGGAUUGGGCUACCAGCUCUGUGAUAACAGCGUGGGCGUUCUGUUCAACGAUUACACUCGACUGAUCAUGUACACCGACGGAGACAGUCUGCAGUACAUCGACAAGACGGCGGCCGAAUCCUACCUGAGCGUACGCUCCUUCCCUUCGGCCCUCACCAAGAAGAUCACAUUGCUGAAAUAUUUCCGCAACUACAUGAGUGAGCACCUGCUGAAGGCCGGAGCCAACAUGGCUCGCCGGGACGGGGACGAGCUGGCGCGACUGCCCUACCUCUCCCUCUGGUUCAGAACGAAGAGCGCCAUCGUCCUGCACCUCACCAACGGCACCGUUCAGAUAAACUUUUUCCAGGACCACACCAAGCUGAUCCUGUGUCCGCUGAUGGGCGCCGUCACCUACAUCGACGAGAAGCGGGAGUUCCGCACCUACAAGCUUUCUCUGCUGGAUGAGUUCGGCUGCAGCAAGGAGCUGCUCAGCCGCAUUCGUUACGCCAAGCUCAUGGUGGAGAAACUGUUGGACAGCAAGUCGUCCACCGCGGCUGCACAUUAGACCGGCUUGUCCCUCCGGUCUUUAACUCGCCAACCUUCUUCUUCUUUCCACCUGUCAGGAUGGGGCAGACCUUUAAAUGCUCUUGUUAUUUUAUUGAAGAGUUGCGGCAUAAUUAUUUUUUUAACUACUAUGAAAAUCUUUGUACACAAACGUUCAGUCACUCAGACACUGUUUUUGUUUUAUUUUAUCUUCCUGCUGUUAAUAUAAGCUCACUCCAGCUCUGUUUCUCUUAACUUUCUUGAUGAAGCCGACUCUGACACAUCAGCCGGCUGAAUCACUGGCAUCACAGCACACGGUGUCGACCAUGUUUGUUCAAAUGAAAGUAAAGAUGAGGUUCCCCUUUGUUCAGACGAAUCAUCUUCACGUUGGAACGGUCCUCAAAGAUCCUCUCUGCUUCUCGUUUGUCGUUUGUUCACGUAUCAGUUUUCCUUUUACUCGUGAAGCUGACUGGACGGAGUGUGAUUGUGUGUGUUUGUGUGUGGACGGAUGAGAGCUUCUCUGGUCUGCUUUCUCUAGUACGUCUCUUUUAUCUGGCUUGUAUGUGGAGAAAUGGACCAUGUUAAUACAUCUUCAUCAUGUACAUUCUUCCUGUAGUUACUUUUUACUCUUCUCUUUUCUUUUUUUUUUUUAAAUGUUUAUAUUGGAUGUCGUUUUCAACAAGAUGUACAGAUUUGUACGUACUGUUGAAUAUGCAUACAUGUUGUAAAGAUGGAUUAAUUUUACCCAAGUUUAAAUAAAGAUUCUCUUGAACACAGAAA